AUGACCUGCAAGCCUCUAGGUGCCUCUCGGCGUCUAGACACACGCGCACCCUCAUCUUUACACGUCCUAGGACGUAUCUUUUCGGCCCUUGAGUUUGGACUUGGAGCAUUGAUGCUGUACCAACACACACCUGACUUUGCCGCCGUCAAGCGCGCAAUAGAAAGCUCAUGUCAGCUUAGUUUCACGUCUGAGCACCUACAGCAGAUCAUGCAUCUAUUACCUGGAGCGUAUGCGCUCAAGUGGAAGCGAAACACGCGAACUGCUCGUCGCCAGGUGCAAGAGAGAGAUGGUGACAGAUUUUAUGCGCAGCAACCACCAGUGCUUACAAUACGUAAGCAGAAAUUGCCUUCUCCAAAUGAAAAUUGCGAAAGUCUGGAGGCUCGUAUCACUCUAUUCUUUUGUAAAGCUAAUGAAUAUGUAGAGCGUCACGUCGAGACCAUGAAGAAGAAUUGUCCAGACAUUACAGUCGAAGAAAUCAACCGAACUCUUAAACUCAUGAAAAUUGAGAGGGCCCCGUUGCCAAAAGUCCCACAAGAGAUAGCACGCAAAGGAAUUUCGCCAGUGUCCCUACGUACAACUAUUUGCAAUGAGCGUGCAGACGAUGCAACGAGUAAUUACACGCAAGAAAAGUUUGAAGAGGCACUGGCAAAGCCUGUGCCGCAGAAUUUGAAAUCGCUACCAGAUUGGCUCAUCAAUAAAGUUCGUAAGCAGGAAAUUUGCCGCAAGGUUGUGAUUGAAAAAAAUGCCGAAGCUCUGAAAAAACGAAUGCUUUCAACAUUGCCGCAGCUAAGCGACCAACUACAGUCGUUGGUGAUUGUCACUAAGAAAUCUGUUUUCUCAAAGGCUGAAGUGGUGCGCAGACUGGCCAUCCGAGCUCCGAUCAAGGGCAGAAUUGAAGAGCAGCUUUAUCUGCUUGAGUCAUUGGUGCCAGAAUGGCUCACUGUGAUACUUGGCGAUGGCAAAGAAUACAUUAAGAUUUCAACCAGCCUCAAAUACAAUGUUGUUAAGGCAUCGCUUCGUCGCGCCGUCUCAGUUGAAAUCUAA